UUCAGGUCGCUGGCUCAAGGUUGACUCUGCCUCCAUCCUUCUGAGUUGGAAAAUUGAGAGCUCUUUCUGAGACCCACCCCUGUGACUUGAACUGAAAUUGGGCCAGAUCCUUAGCCUAGCCCAGCCUGCCAAUCUGUCCGAUAUGUCGGGACCUGUGCCAAGCAGGGCCAGAGUUUACACAGAUGUAAAUACACACAGACCACGGGAAUACUGGGAUUAUGAAUCUCACGUUGUUGAAUGGGGCAAUCAAGAUGACUACCAACUUGUCCGGAAACUGGGCCGAGGCAAAUACAGUGAAGUCUUUGAGGCCAUCAACAUCACAAAUAAUGAGAAAGUAGUUGUUAAGAUCUUGAAGCCUGUGAAAAAGAAGAAAAUCAAACGUGAAAUCAAAAUUUUGGAGAAUUUGAGGGGUGGCCCCAACAUCAUCACCCUUGCUGAUAUCGUGAAAGAUCCUGUGUCACGGACCCCUGCCUUGGUUUUUGAACAUGUCAACAACACAGACUUUAAGCAAUUAUACCAAACAUUAACGGACUAUGAUAUUCGGUUCUACAUGUACGAAAUCUUGAAGGCUCUGGAUUACUGCCACAGUAUGGGCAUCAUGCAUAGAGAUGUCAAGCCUCACAACGUCAUGAUUGACCAUGAGCACAGAAAGCUGCGGUUGAUAGAUUGGGGUUUGGCUGAAUUCUAUCAUCCAGGCCAAGAGUACAAUGUCCGAGUGGCUUCAAGAUACUUCAAAGGUCCAGAGCUCCUUGUAGAUUACCAGAUGUAUGACUAUAGUCUGGAUAUGUGGAGCUUGGGGUGCAUGCUGGCCAGCAUGAUCUUCCGGAAAGAGCCCUUUUUCCACGGUCAUGAUAAUUACGAUCAGCUGGUGAGAAUAGCCAAGGUUUUGGGGACAGAAGACCUGUAUGAUUACAUUGACAAAUACAACAUCGAGCUUGACCCUCGUUUCAAUGACAUCUUGGGCAGGCACUCCCGCAAACGAUGGGAACGUUUUGUUCACAGUGAAAACCAGCAUCUGGUCAGCCCCGAGGCCUUGGAUUUCUUAGACAAGUUGCUGCGAUACGACCACCAGUCCCGCCUCACGGCGAGAGAAGCCAUGGAGCAUCCUUAUUUCUACCCCAUUGUGAAGGACCAGGCUCGGAUGAGCUCCGCCAACAUGCCAGGUGGUAGCACUCCUGUCAGCAGUGCCAAUAUGUUGUCAGGGAUUUCUUCAGUGCCAACGUCUUUGCCCCUUGGACCUCUGGCGGGCUCUCCUGUCAUCGCUGCGGCCAACCCCUUGGGUUGCCAGUUCCAGCUGCUGCCGGGGCUCAGCAGUGAAGGAGGGCUGCCUGUCUCCCAGGGGCCCGGCUGGAGAUGAGUGGGGAGGCCUGGGCCGGCGCCUCCCCCACCUUCCCCAGGAACACCGCCGCCGCCUCCUGCCGCCCCCGUGCGGUGGAAUGCUCUGGAGGAAGUGGGUCUGAACAGUUGCUUGUGGAUUUAUAGUAGAUCAGUCAUAAAAAAAAUGAAAAAGAUAGGCCGAAUCCUCAAAAAACCAACCCCCCUUUUUUUACUUGAACUUUUCGUAACUCAGAGGAAUCCCUGACAAAACCCACAGAUGGAGCAUUUUGUGGAUCCUUCUUCCCCACCGUCCUCUCUCCGUGAACGUUUUGGCACUCGUGGUGCGAGAAAGCCGCCUUUCUCCCAUCCCUUCUGCCCACUGACGCCUGGGCAGGAGGAAAUGACGGGCCCCUUCUGUUUUCCUCCGCCUUGCCUUUUUGAGGCCGACGGAGUUAGUCUUCCCAAGGCAGCAGGCUGGCCCAGGAGUCUUUAACCACCCUAGCUCAUUCUGCAUCUUUAACGGAUGGAUGGAGCAGGAAAAGCGCAGGUUCCCCGAACACUUUUCAGUGGCAGCAGAAGCCGCCUGCCAGGGGGUAGCUUUCUUGUGGGCAUGGGGUCUUCCCUUGCAAAAGCAUCUGGAUCACAGACAUGUUGCCUCUCAUGUGGUCUGUGCUUGAUCAGAAAAUCUCCAGGGUUCUGAUCCAUCAUAACUAAAUUGUUAAUUUGGAUGAAAGUUGUUCUGGCAGUGAGGUAGCGAUAUUCUCUGGGUUGCCCAUCCCAGUCCAGUCAAGAUCCACUGACAUCUCCUUGCUUCGAGAUUCUGGAAAUGAAUUUGCCACGAGACAUCCAUUUUCUCUCCUUCAUUCAUUCUGUCCGGUUGCUCCCUUCCGAGUUGGUCCAUGUAGACUUGAUGCGGGAGAAGGUGACUUGCCUUUACUCCCUCAUCCGUUCAUCUGCUCGCCCUUUUCCGUGUGCCAUCCGGUGAGGGUUGCUGUCCUGUGUUGAAUUUGGGGAUAUUUUUUUCUCCCACUCUGUUCAUGGGCAGGCAAAUGGAGAGCGGUGAGGGAAGGAGAGAACGGUGCGUAACAAGAUCAGAAUCAUUGACUUGUAAGAAAUCUGAACUGUGGAGAUCAUCGGCUUACUCCUCUGUUUGUGCGAGUGUGUGUGUGUGUGCAUAUAAGUGUGUGGAUGUAUGUGUACAUAUAUAUAAAUAUAUAUAUAUAUAUAAAUCUUGUCCUUCCUAUGCUGAAAUGUCCAGUGUUGGAAUUCCUUGCUGUAAAUAAACUAUUGUGGGUUCCCCUCCCUUUUUAAUUUAUCAAAGAUUAGGGUUGCGUUACCUGUGCAGAGAGGCUGUCCCUGGGGUUGUUCCUUUUCACUUGGUUGCAGUCUCAAAACCCUGAACCAGGUCGUCACGGGGGGGCUCAGACUGCUUUCCUUUCAGAGUUUUGCACCUUGCACAGCUAGGAGGUUGCCGUAGCGAACCACGCUCAGAAGCCUUACAAGAAGCAUCUCACAAGCCAAAGCAUCCCCUGGAACAAACAGGCCAACACAAGGGUCCGUGGCGCGCCAGUUCCUUCCCUGCUAUGGCGGCACCAGGAUUUUUAGGGUGGAGCAGAGGGGGGAUCCGAAGACUCUCGCUGGCCCUCUGCAGCCCGCUUCUAGUUUCAAGCCACUGAUUGGGGUGGGGUGGGGAGACUGGAAGGACAUCAGGAGAUGUCCACCUGCCCGCUUCUCCAGGACAAUCUCCUUCAGCAACCAAUACAGGAGGCGCACAGCCCAAAGGAGGCCUCCCCAGCUUGUCUUGAAAGCAUUGGAUCACUUCAUUUCUACUAAUAUAUGCAACUUUAAGAGUUUGGGUUAAGGUAGCUGUGUAUCCGUUCCCGUUUGGUUCCUGCUUCCUUUGUUUCCCUUGGUUUGGUAGGGCAUGGAGGGUCUGCUUUGAGCAGGAGCCAAGGAAGAAGGGCCGAAGGAGCAGGUAACCCCUGAGGUCUUCUCCAGCCCACCCCCAACCCCUAGGCAAGUGGCUUUGCCGUUGGGAAAUGACUUUGUGAAUCCAUGCAAUACUAACUGUAUUCUUUAUUCCGUGGUGGAAACUUCCUGGUGGUGGAUCGUCCCUAGCAUGUUAACGGCCCCAACGCCGCCAGACCGCGGAGAGAUGGGUCCGUUCCUCAAUGACACGGUCGGUAGCUGUGAAAAGUGCAGCGCAGUUGUGCCUAUGUUUUGCACUAGUGUGGAACCGACACAGGACUUUUUUUAAAAAGCCAUCUUCUUGCUUUUGAAGUGAGGAAAAGUCGUGUGGCAGAUUCCUCUGCUGCCGGAGAAGAGCAGAGGGUGUCGGGUUGAAGCUGGCGAGUGCAACCGAGGAGGAGGGUGGAAUCCUAGUAACCGCCGAACCUUAAAAUGUGAGAGGGGAGAAAUGUUAAGGUUUGUGGUUUAGGGGAGUGAUCGCAAGACUUUAUUUUCUUCUCUGUGCUUUCAACCGGUGUCGCUGCCAAAACGGGCAGCGGGAAGGGGCGCAAAGGAGAUGGCAGAUUGUAACAACAACAUCUGUGUUGUAAAUUACCUCAUCUGUAUACCUUGUAUCAGAACACUUUCUUUUUAAAUUUCUCAGCACUUCCUGAUUUUUUUUCUGCAUUGUGUUAGAUGGGCAGGAAAAACAAAAAGCCAAUACAAAUAGUCCUGUUGGCAACUUAACUUUAAAUAUUUUUUUUUGGAAAAAAAGGUUUUUUAAAAUCUUGUUUGAAGUGAUCCUUUUUAUUCGUUAAAAUUUAGAAUUUUGGUUCUUCUCUUCCCCCACCCCCUUUGGAAUUUAUUGGUUGUAAUUGUAUUGUCAUUGUUAAAACUAACCCUUCGACUGUGCUGAGAACAAGUUGUGCCAUGGAGGUCUUUAAUUUUUUUAAAAUAAAAUCAUUGAAACAAAAGUA